CACACUGACUCUGAACGUGCUUUAAUCACAGAGAAACGCCAAACUGGCAGCGGAGAAGCGCUACGCGGACGCUCUGCACGGAUGUGAUCUAACUGAGGAGUUUAUCAGCAGUAAGGCGGUCAAAUCAGGAUCUGCACGCAAAACCUCACCGUGCAGCGACAGCAAACAGAGUGACCCAGAGGACCCCGACAUGGGAUACAAACCUGUUUACUACAGAAAAGUCUUCCUGGAUGAUGAUGACGACAUGGAGUCGGACAGACGGGACGGAGGGAGCAGCGCGGCGUCGCCAAACCACGGCGAUGGAGACGACACCAGCAGCCGCCAGUCAGGGCAGGAUUAUCAUGGAGAUGAUGCCGAUGAGCAAUAUUCAGAUGAAAGUUACCAUUACUCAGACGAUCAUGAGAAUUAUUCAGACGACAGCGAGAAAGAUGCCGACACCGCGCAGCAGGAAGCAGGGGAGUAAUGUCAUCAAAUGUCCAAAAGUCUGACGGAGAAAACGGAGCAAAUCAAGGAGAAACACGGGAGAAGACACGUCUUAUUCCCUGAAAGAUAACAUGCUGUAUUUUAUGUAAAUAUUAUACUCAUAAGAAUGGAAAAUGUGACAUCUUUAACCCACAACAACAUUGAUUUGAUCUGAAAUUACCUCCUUGAUUAUUAUAUUUCGUCACAACAUAUUAACCCCUUCAAACCUGGAAUUGGCUUCAUUUCUUUCAAAAACAUCAGAAGCAGGCAAAAAAAAACUUAG